AUGUUGUUGAAGCGUUUUGGUGAUUCAUUUGCUGUUGCAGCUGCCUUUCGACAGAAGCUCGACACUUGGCCGCAAAUAUUUCCGAAUGACGUACAGGGAUUAAGAAAUUACGCGGACUUUCUAGUUCAGUGCGAGAAAGCGAUGGAAAAGAUUAGUUGCCUGAAGGUCCUGGAUGAUGAUCAAGAAAAUCACAAGUUAGCAUCUAAGUUACCAAGAUGGACAUUGGUCAGAUGGGGAAGACGAGUCUACGAUUGGGAAGAAAAGAACCACAAUUUCCCCCUGUUCUCCGAGUUCGUAAAAUAUCUUGUGACCGAGUCCAAUAUAGCUUGCGAUCCAGUUAUCAGCCGUUUUAGGAAGACGACUCUAAGAAAGCGAAGGGUCAACCGUACGAAAUACCGAAUCGCAGGAAUUGUCCGAAUCGAGAUGAAUUUCGCAGUCGAAACACUCGCAACACGAUCAGAAGAAGGAGAUCAGGGCAAGGAAAGACCUAACGGUGAAGCAAAGCAAACCACCUGCAUACUGUGUAAUGGACCUCAUGAACUGAACUCGUGUCAGUCGUUUUGCGCAAAGGAUAUAAUAGAUAGAAAGGAAUAUGCGAAAGAAAAGGGUCUUUGCUUUGGCUGCUUAACGCAAGGACACAUAUCUAAACACUGCAAAAAAAGAAAAACUUGUACAAC